GACUCCAGUUCUCCUAUCCUGUACAACGCAAGCCAAACUUCCAGAAGCAUCAUGACCUACGGAUCAGGAUUCGGUGGCCGCACCUUCAGCUGCUUCUCAGCCUGCGGGACCCGGCCCAGCCGCUGCAGCAUCACGGCCGCCCCCUACCGCGGCAUCUCCUGCUACCGCGGCCUCACCGGGGGCUUCGGCAGCCGCAGCCUCUGCGAGGGCUUCCACGCCGGCUCCUGCGGCCGCAACUUCGGGUACCGCUCUGGCGGCGUGUGCGGCCCCAGCCCGCCCUGCAUCACCACCGUGUCGGUCAACGAGAGGCUCCUCGCGCCUCUCAACCUGGAGAUCGACCCCAACGUGCAGUGUGUGAAGCACGAGGAUCCAAGCUGGGCCUGGACAUCGAGAUCGCCACCUACAGGCGCCUGCUGGAGGGCGAGGAACACAGACUGUGUGAAGGCGUUGGGGCCGUGAAUGUCUGUGUCAGCAGCUCCCGGGGCGGGGUCGUCUGCGGGGACCUCUGCGUGUCCGGCUCCCGGCCGAUGACUGGCAGCGUCUGCAGCGCCCCCUGCAGCGGGAACCUGGCGGUGAGCACCGGCCUGUGUGCGCCCUGCGGCCCCUGCAGCUCCGUCACGUCUUGCGGCGUGGGCUCCCGCGCCAGCAGCUGCCGCAAAUGUUAGGCGCCCCAACUCAGGCCCGGCCCGGGCAACCCUCCCGCGCAGCCCGGCAGGGCCCGCCUUGCCUGGCCCCGCCCCGCCCACCUCUGGGCGGAGCAAGCCCUAGGCUACUUGGCUGGCUCUUUGAAAGGUCCAUCCCACUCCUAGCAUCUCAAGCCUGUGUGUGAUCCCCUCUUCCCGGGCUCUGCCGCCCACCCUGGGAAAGGCUACCCUAGAAAGAAGUCUCUUUGGCCACCACAGGAAGGGGACUCCGGGGCAGGGGGGACCAUGAUUAGGACCUGGGCUGCUAUGAGGCCAAUGGCCAACGUUCCCCCUCUGUCCCAGCAUCACCCCUUCCUUCUCUGCCGUGUUCCUCUCCUUCUUGAUCUGUGUUUCCAAUAAAUCAAUAUAGCCAGCCCUG